GGACUAUAUUAUAUAAAUUCUAUUUGACUUUUAUUCAAUUUGUUUUCUAUUGCUUCUUCUUUCAGUUUAAGAUUUCAUUAUCCCUUCCCUUCAGCUAAAAAUACUUUCUUUCUUUCUUUUUUCUCAACUAACAACACAAUUGUGUUACUUCUUCCAAAUCUUGAUAAGGAAAAAGUUUUAUAGUCAGUCAAGAAUGGCAUCUACCAAGAAGUUUUCUUCUUCUUCUUCUUCUUCUUCUUCUUGUUCAUCGAAUUGGACAGCUGAGAAGAACAAGUUGUUUGAAAAUGCUCUGGCAAUUUAUGAUAGGGAAACACCUGAUCGUUGGAAUAAGAUAGCUAAGAUUGUUGGAGGGACAACUGAAGAGGAAGUAAAGAGACAAUAUGAGAUCCUUAAAGAAGACAUAAACCGCAUUGAGUCAGGCAAAUUUCCCAUACCUCAGUAUAGGAAAUGUAGAAGAAGUAGCAACAUUAGCAAUGAAGAACAAAGGCUGAAGAACUUAAAGCUCUAAAUCCCAAUGAAGAAUGGCAUUCACUAAGCCAGUAGAGACAACUCAAGAACCCAACACUUUCUCUGAAAGUAGCAGAUCUAGCAAUUAACAACUGAACCAGUAACUGUCAACGAUUCACUUUUGUAUUCCUCCAUAUAUUUAUCUAUUUCUUAAUUCAACAAACUCUCUUCAGUAAUUGCACAAAUAUGAAGCAAGAAAAAUAAUCAUCUAGUGUUCUUUCUUUCUUUCUCUUUUCUUUUUUAAUUUCCUUGUCAUAUUGUAUGU